AUGACCCGAGACCGACACGCGAGCCGCGCGAGUUUCGCAUGCGUACGAUGCAAGAAAGACAAGAGACGAUGCGACAUCUCUCAAAUUUUGAGCUCGGGGGACCGAAUGGAGCGGUCCUGCACCUCAUGUCGAAACAAGAACGAAAAGUGUGAGGUCCGCUACGGCGAGGAUAAGCGCAGUCAACGACAACCGAACGAGACCAAGGCACUGCAACGGCGAAUGCAGGCACUAGAGGAGUUUGUCAAGAACGUCUCCAAAAACCCAGAGCUCCCGGUCACACGGCACAAGACGGAUGAAGUUUCGGAUUGUCUGAUGGAACAGGCACGACGGACUGUAGACAACUACCAGGAUGCGAGGAUACGUGCCUUCCCAAGCCCUGCCAGCUCUUCAAGUCCGGGGACUCAAAAUAUGACGAUAUCGAUCUCUCCUCCGGAGGGAGGACAGAACAAUUGGGCUGUGACGUCGCAACAGGAGCUUCACCCCGCUUCACACUCAAGAUCUGUAUCCUUCUCGGGGCAAAACAGACCGAAGACCGACGACAUCACACACAAUGGCAUCCGAUCGAUCUCCUUCUCAGGCCCCAGCAGGCCAGACUUUGACUGCGCCUCCGAGAGCGUCCCUCCCGUCAUGGAAGAGAUUGGGACACCCGAUAGUAUGCAAGACUUUGACCAAUUUCUUGGCUCUGUGACCCUAUUCCCGUACUCCGAGAAUCAGUCUCGAUCAAGGAGUCCACGUGGGGAAGGCUCUCCUUUUGAGGACGACACGAGCAGACAAGCUCGCGGUGCUCUCGAAUGCUUUCCCGAGCCAGAACCAAUUGUGUCCCAUUUGCUAGACCUAUUCUGGAAAUGGCAAUCAUCUCACCUCCUCGUCGUUGAUCGUGCUUUAUUCCUCCGCCAUCGGGAAAUUUGGGACGACAGUGAAGGACACCGCGGCGAUCGAAACUUUUAUACCCCAUGUCUGUUGUACGCGAUCAUGGCUCUGGCAUCGAUGAUAAGUCUUGACAAGGGAGUCGUGCGAUACUCUACUUCUACCGGCGGUGUCGCCGGAGAGACUUUUGCGAAGCGAGCACGCUCAAUGUUUGAUCUAGAGAUGGAUCACCCAACCAUUUCCACUGUCCGGGCGGCUUUGAUACUUGGUUCUCGAUAUGGAGCCAUGAAGGACAACUCCCUUGGGUGGAUGUACAGUGGCAUUGCCUUCAGAAUGGCGAGUAAAUUGGGCCUACAUCUGGACUGUUCUAAAGCUGUUGCGUCUGGUAAGAUGAGCCAGGAGAUGGCCGAUCUCAGAAGGAGAGUAUUUUGGGGCUGCCACAUUGAAGACAACCUAUUCAGCGCUUACUGUGGGCGACCAAACUCCUUUAUGGAGUGGGAUAUCACCAUUCCCAUACCUGAGCGACCCUUCAAAGGCGUCGGCAAAGACGAAGCCGAAUCGACUUCUAUCCACCGUCAACGGCGGCACUCAUCUACGAGCGAGAUGAGAUUGAAAGCAUCACAACUUCACAGAGCCCUAUGGCAGUGGCAUCACGAUCUUCCUAAGAGCUUGACAUGGUCCAGCGAUUCAAAUAUCCUGGCACAGCCCCAUGUCUUCAUCUUGCAAAUGAACUUCUACUUUGCUCUCAUUCUACUCCACCGGCCAUUCCUCCGAUUGUCUUCAAAAUUCCUCAACGUCGACAACAUGAACUCUUCGGCUCUCAACUCUCCACACGCAUGCGCUACAGCAGCAGCAAACAUCACAAAGCUCGCAACGACUUACAGACGAUCUUUCAACAUGCGACAGAUGCCGCCAUCGAUUGUACACUUUGUUUUCAUCGCAGGUAGCAUUCAUCUCCUCAACCUUCGUGCAGGACAACCAGGCAACCACGAAGUUCUCCUUCAGAGUUCCACUGAAGCUUUAUCCGAGCUCGGAAAGUCAUAUCCCGUGGCGAAGAAAGCCAGCACCGAGCUGGAAAGCUUGAUUGAAAAGUGGAGGUCCGCGAAAGAGGCCGAGAAGAGAGCCACGGAGACAAGUAGGGCGGCGCAAGAGGUUGAGAACAGCAUAAGCUCUGGCUGUACGAUACGGCCAGGGGUAUCUGGAUUUCUUGAUAUUGAUUUUUCUCCUUUGGAAGAGCUUGGGGAGUUUAUGGAUUUGAAAAAAGGCCAACAACCUGCUACAAAGUCUGUGUUUGAUAUGCCGGCUGAUAUCGGCUUCCACGAGCAGCUAUCGCUGGAUCAAAACGGUAAUGAUUGCAUGUUUCUGGACCAAGAUUGGCUUCAGGACGGAACAGGAUUCGAGAGCAUGGACGGAAGUGGCUGUCCAUGGAUGUACAAUUAA